GUGUGUCACGUGAAUCUCAGUCCGGGUGUUUUCAGAGCUGUUUUGCGUUCCGGUUGCGUGAAGAAGCAAACAUGGCGACUGAGGGAGAUGUGGAUUUGGACCUGGAAGCUGAGGAGAACUGCACGGGAAAACCAACAGAAAAGCCCCGAAAACAUGAUAGCGGAGCUGCUGAUUUGGAAAGGGUUACCGACUAUGCGGAGGAAAAAGAAAUAUCAAGCUCGAAUUUGGAAACGGCCAUGUCCGUGAUCGGAGACAGAAGAUCCAGAGAACAAAAGGCGAAACAGGAAAGAGAAAAGGAACUAGCCAAAGUAACAAUCAAGCGGGAAGAUGUGGAACUCAUUAUGGGAGAGAUGGAGAUUUCGCGAGCAGUGGCGGAGCGCAGUCUCAGAGAACACAUGGGCAAUGUGGUGGAGGCGCUGAUUGCACUCACCAACUGAGUGGAUGUGACUGCUUUGAGAUGCAUGGAUGCAUUGGACUGCCUUCUUCCCGCUUUUGAUGACCCUGUUCUUUUCACACUGUACUUAUUCUGUAAUAAAGGAACCUUUUUAAACAGUU